UCACAAGCAGUCAUGUUGUCCAUGCUGCUCAGGCUGUUUCGUCGGGACAGUACAAUACAACCAGAGACCAGACCUAGGCAGAAGGCAUUCUGUAAAGCAGGAAGAAGGAGAUGGCACUGGGGAAGACACAGGUCUGUUGGGAAAGAGUCCUCCCAAGCCUACACCAUCAGUGAGCAGGAGCAGAGAGUGAAGAGGUUGGAGAAGCUCAAAAGGGACCUCGAAAGAAUGAGUAAUGAGAGAGACGAACUCCGGGGAAUCCUGGCACAUUAUAAUGUCAAGGAUUUGAACAACAGGUUCAACUUUGAGACGAUCAUGCUGGAGAUGCAACAGUACCAGGUGACUCGCGAUCUCAAAAACAUUCCGAAGCAGAUCAGUGAGGCCUUGUAUAAGUGCCAGGAGUUGACUAAAAAUAAUCAACUUUACAGCAUCAGGAACUGUCACCUCCUGACAGAAUCUCUUCAUAUGAAGAGUGAAGUAAAAAUGCUCUGGAAUGAAAACAGGCAGCUGCUUAAGGAGCAGAUUAUACUGGAAGUGUGUUCUAAGGAAACAAGGAGGCUAUGUGUGGAGGCCAGCAUGAAGAUCUAUGACAAAUUUUCCAAGCAUAUCCAA